AUGACUGCUCCUCCCAACAAGGCCAGGUCCGCCCUGGAAAAGUUCCUCGGUGCCGACCAUAUCGAGCCCGAGGAGCGCGCGCCCUCCAUCACCAACGCCGACCCCUUCAUUGAGCGCGAGCCCACCGUCGGCGAGUUCCUCGAGGAGUUCACCCCUACCAUCCACGGCAUUGCCGAGUACCUCUACAGCCUGUUCCCCUUCCUGUCGUGGAUUGGCAAGUACAACUGGAUCUGGUUCCUUGGUGAUCUGAUUGCUGGUAUCACCGUUGGCGCCGUCGUGGUUCCCCAGUCCAUGGCCUAUGCCCAAUUGGCCCAACUCCCCGUCGAAUAUGGCUUGUACACAUCCUUCAUGGGUGUGCUCAUCUAUUGGUUCUUUGCCACGUCCAAGGAUAUCACUAUUGGUCCCGUUGCAGUCAUGUCGCAGGUCACAGGCAACAUCGUUUUGGCCUCGGCCGAGUCGAUCCCCGACGUUGAGGGUCACGUCGUUGCUUCUGCUCUCGCCGUCAUCAUCGGUGCCAUUGUCACCUUCAUCGGCCUCGCCCGCAUUGGAUGGCUCGUCGAGUUCAUCCCGCUCCCCGCCAUCUGCGCCUUCAUGACUGGCUCCGGCGUCUCCAUCGCCGCCGGCCAGGUCCCCAAGCUCAUGGGCAUCAAGGGCGUCAACACGCGUGCUCCCACGUACGAGGUCAUCAUCCACACCCUCAAGAACCUCGGCACCACCAAGAUCGACGCUGCCCUCGGCCUGACCGCCCUGGUCAUGCUCUACGGCAUCCGCGCCAUCUGCUCGACCCUCGCCAAGCGCCAGCCGCAGCGCGCCAAGCUGUACUUCUUCAUCUCCACCCUGCGAACCGCCUUCGUCAUCCUGCUGUACACUGGAAUCAGCGCUGGCAUCAACAUCCACCGCAAGGAUGAUCCCAUGGUCAGCAUCAUCGAGACUGUCCCCAGUGGCUUCACCCACGCUGCCGCCCCCGAGAUCAACGUCCGCAUCAUCAAGUCCUUCAUCUCGGAGCUUCCCGCCGCCGUCAUCGUCGUCCUGAUUGAGCACAUCUCCAUCUCCAAGUCCUUCGGCCGUGUCAACAACUACAUCAUCGACCCUUCGCAGGAGCUCGUCGCCAUUGGCGUCACCAACCUGCUCGGUCCCUUCCUCGGUGCCUACCCCGCCACUGGAUCCUUCUCCCGAACUGCCAUCAAGGCCAAGGCUGGUGUCCGCACUCCCUUCGCCGGUGUCAUUACCGGAAUUGUUGUGCUGCUGGCUCUCUACGCUCUGACUGCUGUCUUCUUCUACAUUCCCAACGCAGCUCUCGCCGCUGUCAUCAUCCACGCUGUCGGAGAUGUCAUCACCCCUCCCAAGGUCAUUUACCAGUUCUGGCGCGUCUCUCCCCUUGAGGUGCCCAUCUUCUUCGCUGGUGUCCUCGUUACCAUCUUCUCCAGCAUCGAGAACGGAAUCUACACCACCAUCAGCAUCUCCUUUGCUGUUGUCAUCGUCCGACUUUUCCAGACCCAGGGCCGCUUCCUCGGUGUUGUCCGCAUCCGCACCAUGAAGGCCAACCUCAACGAUGGCACAUCCAGCCCCGACACCAUUGCGAAGGAGGUCCCUCUCGACGAUGAGAACGAGACUUCUCUGCGUGCUGGCUUCCUGCCUCUCGACCACGGCGAUGGCUCCAACCCCAAGGUCGUUGUCCGAACCCCCUACCCCGGUGUCUUUAUCUAUCGCUUCGCAGAGGGCUUCAACUACCCCAAUGCUUCCCGAUACCUCAACCACCUGACCGAGACCGUCUUCGCAAGCUGCCGACGAACCAACCCUUCUCUCUUGGGCAAGCUUGGUGACCGACCCUGGAACGACGGCGAGCCCCGUCACAUCAAGGAGAACGCCGACGAUGGGCGACCUAUCCUCAAGGCUGUCAUUCUCGACUUUUCCACUGUCAACAACGUCGAUGUCACCUCCAUCCAAGGCUUGAUCGAUGUCCGCAACCAGCUCGACAGAUUCGCUUCUCCCGAGGUCGUUGACUGGCACUUCGCCAAUAUCGAGAACCGCUGGACCAAGAGGGCCUUGGCUGCCGCUGGCUUUGGCUUCCGAACCCCCCGCGACGGCGAGACCGCUGGCCAGUGGAAGGCUAUCUUCAGUAUUGCAGACCUCGGUGGCGACGACAGCCCUUCCGCUGCCAUCGCUCUCGGAGAGAAGGCCGGUCGUCUCUCUAUGCGCCAGGAUAUUGAGGCUGUGGAUACUAUCAGCGCCCAGGGUUCAGACAAGGACUUGAGCAAGGGUACCUCCAACUCCCGUCUCGUCGCUAUCCAAGGUCUUAACCGACCUUACUUCCACCUCGAUCUCCAGGAGGCCCUGGAUGCUGCCAUUAUGAGCGCGGAGACCAAGCAGCAUUAA